UUAAAAAAAAAAAAAUAAAGAAAAUGGUGGCGUUGUGUUUGUGUUUGAGUGCGUUUUGUGGUUAUAUGUGCAUUUUCUAUAGUUAUUGCAAAUAUUAGUUAUUGUAAUUGAAAAUGAGUACAUCAGUAGUCAGUAGUGAAAGUAGUCGUAAUGCAAAAUCGUCAUCUAAGCCAUAUGGUAAAGUAGUGUUAACUUUAAAAAACUCGUUACUUCCCGAUGAGAAGUUAUCGGGCACCCCAUCCCAAGAUGAUGGAUUAGACUUUGAAACUGAAACCGAUUUGAGGAUUUUAGGCUGUGAGUUAAUCCAAACUGCUGGAAUAUUAUUAAGGCUUCCUCAGGUUUCAAUGGCAACAGGCCAGGUGCUUUUCCAGCGAUUCUACUACUCCAAGUCGUUUGUGCGACAUGACAUGGAGACAACAGCAAUGGCUUGUGUGUGCCUUGCAUCGAAAAUCGAGGAAGCGCCUCGCAGCAUACGAGAUGUGAUGAAUGUUUUCAACCAUGUCAAGCAAGUCAAAAAUCAAAAGACGAUCUCACCCAUGAUACUCGAUCAGAACUACGUGACCAAGAAGACGCAGGUGAUUAAGGCCGAGCGCAGAGUGCUGAAAGAGCUGGGCUUCUGCGUCCACCUCAUGCACCCACACAAGUUGAUCGUGAUGUACUUACGCGUGCUGGGGUACCUAAACAACAUAUCAUUUGUACAGAAUGCUUGGAACUACAUGAACGACUCGUUCCGCACAAACGUGUUCGUGCGCUACCAGCCGGAGACCAUCGCCUGUGCGUGCAUAUACCUGACGGCGAGGAAGCUGGACAUCCCGCUGCCCAAGAACCCGCCCUGGUUCGGGGUGUUUGGGGUGCUUGAGGAUGACAUCAAGGAGAUCUGCUUCCAGGUGCUGCGGCUCUACAAGCGGCAGAAGCCGAGCGCGGAGGACCUGGACAGGCGCGUCAAGGAGCUGCGAGUGCUGUACCAGGAGGAGCGCCAGAAGGUGCGGUCGCAGGCGUCCACUGCACAGCGCAAGGCGACGGACGCCGAUGCCAACGCACACUCCAGGAACGGCUCUGCUUCGCCCAGCGGCAGCAAGAACGGGCCUCGCAGCAUCAACUCCUCGCCCAGGCUGGGGUUCUACAGUCGCAAAGAACACUAUUCCUCAAAACAUAGAAGCCGUUCAAGAUCUACAAGUCUGAGUCGCAGCCCAUACCGCAAACACAGCAGAAAGACGAAGAAAAAUAGGAUGAGGACUCCGUCUCGAUCAAAAUCCAGGUCAAGGUCGCCGUACGACAGGAAGAGCAGGAAAACAAAGGCUAGGCGCAGCCCUUCACACUCGCCCACUCCGUCUCGUAAAAGUCACAAAUCAGGCAGAGAGAAGCAUCACCGAGACUCGCGGUCACGCAGCAGAGAAGGCCACCACGGAGCAGAACACGCGCGUUCACGUUCGCUCGAUCAGCACGAGUAUGACAAACUGAUGCAGCGGACCGUCACGAGCAAGCGAGAGCGGGACAAGUUCAAGGCGAAGCAGCACAGAUGACUCUCGGAGGUGAUCCCGCCGGCUGCUGAGUUCCGCAUCCCUGAGUUGAAGAAGCCAACAGAGAAGAGAAGUGAAUCGUAGAAGACUGACAUUACAAAACUGCAAAUUGAAGAAUGUCUGUAUUUGUGUUUAAAUGCAGAGUUAAAAACAGUGUUAGCCUUGCAAGAAACAACUUAAGUCCAUUUUUUUUUCCUCAUAAUUAUUUCUAAUCAAAUUUAAAGGAAAACUAUGAAUAUUAUUAAAAGAUUUUAAGUUGGUACUAACUAGUCAGUGCACCAGCAAAAAUGUCUGCUAAUAGGGAGGUGUUAAGAAAUGUCAAACUAUGUUAUAAUUGUAAACAAUACGAAGCUAUUAUCAUGUUUUACAUUAAAACAAUAAAAAAAAUUAACUCAAUCUGACCAUCACAGGUGUGGUGGAGUUGGGAGCAACAUAAAAUAGACUAAAUUCACACUUGCAACUUGCAGUUAUUGUGUGCUGAAUGAUGAUGCGAUUGUUUUUUGCAUUGGGAUGUCAAGUAAGUGAAGGGUAGAUAAACGACUCUUCUGUAGCUACAGAUUCUAUCUAAAAACGUUAUGAAUGUGUUGUACAAUACAAAUGAAGCAUAGGUUUCCUUGUUAUUGUGUAUGUAACUAAAGACAAUGUUUUUUGUUGCUUUAUCUAUGGUUAUGGUACAAUAGAGGUGUACUGGCAAAAAACACAUCUACCUCCAAGUGUAAGUGGGAAAAAUAUUGUAACACUUUGGCCAUACAUAUAUGCCAUAAAAACUGCAUUUAUAUAAUCUACAAUAUGUAAAAAAAACUUAAUGUGACAGCUUGUACCUAAUGCAAUGAGCAUUCAUACAGCUGUCGAAUAUCAUGCACCCUUCACCCAUUCAAUUUUUAAGGCAAAUAAUACUUUUACAGAAGUUUGCAAAUAUUGCAAAUAUGUAAUUGUAAAGGAUUCCAAUAAAAACAGACAAAAAAAUAUCUUUCAAAGUUUCAAAGUUAGCCGACACAUGCCUUCAGUGUAGUGGUUCAAAAGACUGAAGUUGGCUCAGUGAUUGGUAAUUUUAGGCUAAUGUGUUUAUAUUAUUCCAACAAUCAUUAAAUGAGAAGCUAAAAUUAUUUUCUCCUCCAGAUUUGAAAGACAGAAAACUUACGUAUCACACAAAGGGGGCUAUAUUGUUUCACCAAACGUGUAAUGUUUUUCCCCAGUACUACUAGACAACACUAAUUGCGCUAGCCAUGUAUCCAUGUAUUUUUUAGUCAUGUUGUUUAAAACUAAAUAAAAUGAUUCAAAAAAGAUGAAAACCACUCAUAAAUUAUAAAAAAAAAUUGUAUCAUCAGCGAUUACACACUGUGAUUAAAUUAAACUGCAAGUAGUUAAGUAUUCUUAGUCAUGCACCUUGGGUAUAGCAGUUUUGUGGAGUAAAGGGAAUGUAUAUUAUUUUAACUAUAAAACAAGCUAAUAGUUUCUUAAAAUGUUACAAAAUAUAAUUAAACUAUUUAUUACCACAGUCAUAAAGUGAACUGAUUAGCUGGCCAGUGGCUGUUUAUAAUUCACUGGAAAUGUUUACCUCUGUGGUUUUUCCAUUAGACAUAUUAAUUGUAUUACUUUGUAAUCUUUUGUGCCACUACAGAGUUAUUAAACUAGUUAUAAACAUUAUAAACACACAAGUUUUGAGCAUGAAUACUUGUAAAUAUAUUUCUUUUUCACCACCACCUGGAAUUUUGUUAAGUUUUAAAAAUUAGUAUAAAUGAAAGCUGCUAGGCAACUAGUGCAGGUACUUUUAAUAUACUAAUGGACAGUGAUACAGGUACCUACAGGCUGGUACUUGUAACCUACCUGUAACUUACAACGUUACAACCAUGAAGAGAAGGUGAAAGGGCAGUUGCGACUUUCCGCUGUUCAAGCCAGCCUCCUUGAGCAAUGAGAGGGAAAGAAAAGUGUGUGUGUGUGUGUGUGUUUUUUUUUUUUUUUUUUUUUUAAAAAGAGUGCCGGGGUGUAUA